UCCAAGGACAACCAGAGAACGACCUUAUUUUACUCCCUUAUCUGCUUCUUCUGUUUCUUAUUUAUUUCAAUAUCUGCCGUCUACUAACAUUUUAACAAUCAUGGCUUGUCGAACGUACAACCCAGGUGUCCGAAUCGGCAAUUGGAAUGAAGAUUUACAGCUGGAAGAAGACCAAACGAAGGACUUCAUUGGCAGGAAAGCAAGAGGUGAACUGCACAUCCAGAGAUCACAAAACUUACGGGAUAGCAUUUUGAAUAAGAAAGAAGUCAGUAUAUCUCGUGAUGGUAAUGUCCAUUUUGGUGAUGUAGUUAUGCUGAUGAACAAGGGGGAUGAGAAAGAGCCAAGAGAUGACGCAGUCCUUAGCCUUCACAUAGAUGCCAUGGCCAUGCAUACACAGGACGAAAUGUCCAGCUCUAUUGAAGUUUCGGGGUCUUGCAACUGCUCCCCAUGUACACGAAAUAUUUUCGUUGUCACAAGCAAAGAUGGCGCUCCAACUGGUGAAUGUUUGACUUAUGGCCAGCCUUUCUAUUUGUGUGCAGUUGGUGAAAAAGGGGAACGGAUGUACCUUCACUCAGAUAAAGCUUCUUUCAACAAAGCAUCGAAGAAAGCACGUCACAAUGCUGUCACAUUUGUUAACGAGCCAUCUGCCCUGACCGAAUUUAUAGUAUUACAUUACAACCCUCAGUUUCGAUUAGAAUCAGAACACUCUCCAGUUCCGUCCAACGCUAAAAUCGUCCUAACUCAUGCAAAAACCUAUCGAAAUCUUGCUCUAGAAAAGGAUUUCAAACUGAGAACUCCAUUUGGAUGGGAGUACGAGAUCUCCUGCCACAACCACAUCAAUUUUGCAUCUAAGGCAGAGAAAGAUGUCAAUCACUUCAUGUUCAUCAUGGGAGUCGCAGGGGACACAACCUAUCCCGUCCCACCUCAACAGUAAAGGAGAUCAUGACAUUUCAAAGACAUUUGAAUGAGUUUGAUUGAAAUAUUCAUGCCUUUAUUAUACAUGAAAUCGCAAAUUGUGAUCAUCUUUUUAAAAAAAAUCACAUCUCCCAAUUUAGAAUUUUUAUUUAUUUCAUUUAUUCAUAUUUGUGUAUUCUUCUAAGUUCUCUGCCCAUAACACAUUCACUGAACACAACUAUUGAGACCUUGAUAUAGAAUGAGCCUCAUGGUCAGUUGGCUGCAAACAGGUUUUUGCAGACUAUCGGCCUAUAUCAGAUAAAAAAUUGUGUUGGUGCCUCCAACCAGCUGUUUUGUUUUAAACAAAAUAUUGGGUCAAAGUCACAAAACCGCUAACAAUUUGUAAAUAAUUCUGCAUGGUAUGACUUGUGUAAAAUCUGUUUGUGUAAAUAAACUAUGUGACUUUAAA